CGCCGGCCCAUGCCUGGUCCCCGAGCCCCGCGGAGGAGGCGGGACCGCCUGCAGCGGGACAGCCUGAUUCUGCUGGCAGAGCAGCCCCAGGGGAAUCAGGAAAGACCUCCAAGGGAAUCCUGAUGUCAAGCUGUGUCUCUGCAUCUCUCUUCCCUCUGGAUCUUGCCAUUUUGAUCUGGCCUUGACCACAGCCUCAGCUGCACAGUUUGAAGGAAUCUUCUUAGCUUCGGAAUUCCAGGCCCCCUCAUGUCUGUCCUCUAGAGCAGAGCACAUCCGUGCGUGCACACACCCAUACCUGUGCAGGUUCUGUGAAAACUGCUCAGCUGGCCCGGGCUCCCCUCCUCAGCAGCUGUCCCCAGAGCCAUGGAGAGUCUGAGUGAGCUGCAGAACCCUCUGCUGUCUAGAAGCCCCGGCCCUCUCCAUGGUCCCUAUUCCUACCCCGAGGCCCCACCUGGCUGGUCCUGCCAGGAGAAGCUCUACUCCUACCUCCUGGGUGGUGCUGGCCCUGCACAUGCCCACCAGCUCCUGGACCCGGGGUCCCUGCAGCUGGCUGUGGAGGCCUGGUACCGGCCCAGCUGCUUACUGGGCAAGGACAAGGUCAAGGAGUCCAGGACAGGCAGCUGUGAGACCAGCUUCGUGGAGGCCAGGGAGCCCCCAGCAGGACCCACAGAGCUGUGCACAGAACCUAGCCAAGCCGAGGAGGAUGUCACUAUCCAGACUGUGUCCUACGGGGUCCAAGAGGAGCUACCGGGCCAGGAAGAUGACCAGGAGGAGGAGAGUGACACAACAUCCACAGACAGCGAAAGUGAAGACAACUUUCUCACGCUGCCCCCCAGGGACCACCUGGGUCUCACCCUCUUCUCCAUGCUCUGCUGCUUCUGGCCACUGGGCAUUGCUGCCUUCUACUUCUCCCAGGGGACCAGCAAGGCCAUCUCCAAAGGGGACUUCCGCCUGGCCAGCACCACCUCCCGCCGCGCCCUCUUCCUGGCCACACUUUCCAUCGCCGUGGGGGCCGGUCUCUAUGUGGCCGUGGUAGUGGCUCUGGCAGCUUACAUGUCCCAGAAUGGCCAUGGCUAGCAGCUGCCUAUAGGGCUGCAUCCUGAUUCCCCUAGGCCACUGGAAGAAGCGGUGUGGCUCAGGGCUGCAGACUCCAUGGAGUGUGCUGGGCCCUGGACAAAACCCAUGGGAGUGGCUUGUCGGGGUCAGGGCUCCCAGUCUGCAGUCUGCAGAGCUCAACCUUCCCUUCUCACCAGAGCAGACCGGGGCACCACACUCUCACCCAGGCCACAGAGUGGAAGUGAGAGAGACAGGGCUGCCCCCCAGGCCGCCCUACAGGGCCUAACGCAGCCUGUCCUGGCCCAUCCUUACAGGGCCUCCCAUCCUGUCGGCAGCCCAUUACCCACUUUCUCCCCAGAGAAAGAGCAGAAGGGUCCAGCAAAGGAGAAGGGUGCCAGGGGACAGGGGUUUCCCCAGCCCUUCCUCCCGUAGGGUCUUCACCCGGGGACAGCCUAAACUGCUCAACUCUACUCUCCGAUUCCAUGAUGCCCAUGGUGCCAAAGCCAGCCCGUCAGGAAGGAAAUACACUGAGACACAGGCACCCCUGUUCCUUCUGAUUCUGGGGGCUGCUUCUCUCCUCUGUGGGCAGGUAAGACACGCAGAUCCUGGAUAGAGAAGAGGAGUCACAGCACCAAGGAGGGCAGGUUCCUGGGGGGAGAUAAAGGGCAGAGGUGACGACAGAGGCCAGAGAGCCCUGAAAUCCUGCUGGGCCACGUGGGCCUCCCCACUCUGUCCCUGCUCUCCAACCCCACAUCCUUUCUGGGCUCUGCCUGGGAGCCCUAAGCUGGUGCCCACCCAUCCAGGGGAGACUCAGAGUGCCAGCGGCCCCAAGCCACCCUGUAGGAAGCCAGCCCUGCAGGAAGGGCAGUGAACAGAAUCAGAGGGAAAGGCACAGGCAGCUCAGGCCUAGAACAAUGAGUGGGAUCCAUCUACAGAUUUGUUUGCGCACAACCCCUUGUGUUGGUGGGCAGAGCCGGGGCAAGGGCCUUCCAGGGGUUCCAAGCUGUUUGGAUUCUGCCUGUUUGGAUUUUGCUCCUAGGAUGGAGCAAAAUUGCAGCCAUUUCUGAGUGCCCCACCAACACAAGGAGGAAGGUUGAGCCUGAGUGUCAAUGACCAAAAAAUGUUUUCCAUUUCUGAAUGCUUGGGGGUUGGUGGUAGCACCUGACCAGCCCUGGGGCUUCUCCACUCAGGUCUGCUCACAGCCUCAAGGAAAUAUCAGGAACUUUAGAGGCAUCAGGCAGGCAGCACCUGGAAAGGCAGGACCCCAUUGUGCAUGAUUUGGGGGACCUUGUCUUUCCCAUGCCCCAUCCAGAUAGGGCUAUGGCUCCACCCCUGACCAUGCCUUGUCCUGUGCCCUCCCCUACCUCCAGCAAUGCCCAACCCUCCACUCAAUGCAUCAAUGGCACUUUUAACACCCCCUGUUGUAUUUAUUUAUCCUGAUAAUAAACUUUUCUGUAACA